AUGACCCAGUUAGAUCCAUCCCUUUUUCUUGCCUCUACCGAUUCUUUGAACAAUACUGAUCCGGCCAUCCUAAGACUUUUCCUCGUCCGCCAUGGUCAGACCAACGCCAACAAGAACAAUAUCUUGCAAGGCCACCUCAAUACCUCGCUUAACCUUCAAGGCCAUUCCCAGGCCCAGCUUUGUGGUUCCAGAUUUCAACAAGUGAAAGUCGAUAAGGUAUGGUCUAGUGAUUUGAGACGGUGCUUACAAACCCUUUGGGGAAUUGUUGUGGGUGGAGAUGUCAAAGUUGACGAGACCACUCAGAAUAACGAGUUUGCGGUCGAACAGUUAGUGGAAAAAUUGGAAGCUGCCGCUAUGGAAAAUAAUGGAAAAUUUGAGGCCGAUAAGGACCCAGAAACCGGGGAAAUAGCUGGCGAUUAUGGGUCAUUGGAUGAAGAUAUUUCUCGAGUCAAAGGGGACGGCAGUGAUAGUGGUUCGAGAACUCCGAUUUCCAUAAGUAAUAAGUUCAGAGAACGGUCAAUGGGACCAAUCGAAGGUCGUCAUAUCGAUGAUGCUUUGAAAUAUGCUGUGGCCAAUGGGAAAAAUAGUUACCGGGAUUUUGGGGAGCUGAAGCACGAUUUCUGUGACAGAUUGUUUGGAGAAGUCGAGCAGAACGUGGUGGAUAUUGUUGCGAAUGAUGACCUGACAAAAAAUUGUUUACUUAUAACACACGGGGGGUCGAUCCGGGCAUUGAUCAAUCAUUUCGCAAAUGAUUUGCAAUACAACAUGAACCCAAAGCUUAUUCCUACAGAUGAUGUGGUCAAAAUCGUUUACAAUACUUCGAUCACCGUGAUUGAUGUAUUCAAAAAGGAUGUUAAAGAUGGAAAAUUGGGAUUAAAGAGUGGAAUUAUCCAAGUGGUGGGUGAUACAAAACACCUUGGCAGUCAAGUUGAAGUGAAAGACCAAAGAAUUAGAUGA